AGCAUGAAGCAGUUGCAUGAAAGUCAUUCGGUGGCUUCGUUUAGAAAAGUUAGGAUCUCGCCAUGUCGUUCUUGGCAAGUUUACUGGGACUCAGCAACGAGGAGGAUCAGCUGCAAUUGGCCUUCGACGAGGUUAAAAAUUCCAGAGUUCCCUUCAGACAGACAACAAACCUGAGGAUGUCGUCUCCCAUUCGCUACUAUUAUGACCUGAUGUCGCAGCCCUCGAGGGCGUUAUUCAUUAUCUUUCGAUUGAGCAACAUGCCAUUUGAGGAGUGUGUGGUUGCCCUGCGGAAUGGCGAGCACUUGACCGACGACUUCAAGCAGCAGAUUAACCGCUUCCAACGCGUUCCCUGCAUCCACGACAACGGCUACAAGCUGGCGGAGAGCGUGGCCAUCCUGCGGUACCUGAGUGCCAAGGGCAAGAUCCCGGAGCACCUGUACCCCAAGUACUUUGUGGACCAGAGCCGCGUCGAUGAGUUCCUCGAGUGGCAGCACAUGUCCCUCCGUCUCACCUGCGCCAUGUACUUUCGCACCGUUUGGCUGGAGCCGCUCCUCACCGGACGCACUCCCUCGGAGGCCAAGAUCGAAACGUUUCGCAUGCACAUGGAGCGCAAUCUGGACAUUGUCGAGGAGGUCUGGCUGGAGGGCAAGGAGUUCCUCACGGGACCCACGCUCACCGUGGCAGACAUCUUUGCAGCCUGCGAAAUUGAACAGACACGCAUGGCUGAUUAUGAUGUGCGAAUCAAGUACCCCAAAAUCCGAGCCUGGCUGAAGAAAGUGCGGCAGAGCUGCAAUCCCCACUACGAUGUGGCCCACCAGUUCGUCUACAAGAUCUCGGGAACGGGUCCACAGGCCAAACUCUAGACUCCAUUCUAGAACUCUAGAACGCCCCAAGCCAUUUGUUGUACAUAGAUCAUUAGCAUUUAUGGGGUAUACUAUACAUAAUUCGUAAACAAUAAGCAACACAAACUAAUCGUUUCUGGUUUAUACUUGUACAUUUUAUUCUUAAUAUUGGUUGUUUCUUUUUUAUUGUGUCGUCGUUUAUAGCAUUAUAGAAAAUCCACAUUUAUUUUUUGUUUGAAAAAAAAAAUCAUAAUACAAUAAAAUAUAUAGAUGUAUACAUGUAUAAUAGAAAAUACAAUUUUUUAAAAAAUAACUACCUAAAGUCUAACAAAAAAUUUCCUUUUAGUUAAUCAUAAUAUUUAUAUAGCAACGUUACGCGCUUGGGUUCUUUCUAUAUACUUUUCUCCUGCUGCCUCAUUUGUUUCUGCCUUCGGGUAACAAAACAAAAUGCAUACAAAAUAUAUAAUCCUUUAUAUAUUA